AUGAAUUUUCGAGACGUUUUUAAAAACUGCUCUAUUGAGCCUACCUGUUGUUUAUUAUUCAACACUUUCGGAUUGGUUUCAGAGGUGAAAUACUAUAUUGACACUAAGUUUAAUAUGGGUUUCAAUGUUGAUUCUGAUAUAUUAAUUGUACGAGACUGGAAGGUGCAUUGCACGAUAAAGAAUCAUUGCUCGAUAAUACCCUCUAAUAAGCGUAAAAAGACUGUGAUAAAGAGUUUGAGCGGACAUUCUACUCAAGCCCUCAUGAGGCAAUUAAUUACUCAGAUAGUUUAUUACAGGAUAACUACAGAGGUACUUACAGAUGCACCCAAUGCAUUUCUAGUGGAAACAACCGUUAAUUAUUUUGAGAAAUAA